AUGGGAGACGUGCGUAGUGGGAGUCAUCCUUCUGGUCCUUUACAACCGGGAACAGUCUCGACCGACGCCCUGUCGCCCUCUCGUGUACGAUCGGCAAAGUCCUCUACCGUGGAACAAGCAGUCCAUGAGAACGAGGUGAGCACAGUGACUGCAGAUGACAAAACAGGUCAUCUGGCCCAAUCUUCGGGCUCGGAACCGCAGCUGCCCCGAUUUUCUCGUGGCGACUCUGGAGAGAACCUGCGAGGUCUCACACCCAUCACCGAAGACACGCGAUCCGAGAGCGAGCAGCUGGAGGAGCAAGGAAGAAGCUCGCAAACACUCAAGGAGCUGAAGAGGCAAAUGGAAGAGCUGCUCGUAUACCAACAAAUGCAACAGCACCAGAACCAAGGCGGCGUCGCGAAUCAGUUCGCGGGUGGCCUCUCGAAUGACACACCCAAGAAACGUCGACUUUCUCAUGUCAACACGGAGGUACCUUUGACGAUACUGGGUCCCUCGUCAGGGUCGGUGGGGUCCGCAGGCACCAUCAAGGCCGAUGACAAUUAUGGCUCAGCCACGACAGAUCACACCGUCUUCCAAACUCCUUCUUAUCCCUUUCCACGUGUUCAAAAUCAUGGUUUCCAUCCGGACCUCGACCAAACAGGGCGCUCCGGUCAAUUUCGAUUGAAGCUGCCAUCUGAGAGGCUACGAUCGUCGACUCCCGGCUCUCAAGGCUCUGACGACCAUCAUCCCUCUCCUCGAUUGUCCGGCGCGCAACCCUCAUUCCUCCCGCAAACCGGUGAACCUCUAGCAGACGACUCGGACUUCCCCACCCCAAAUCUAUACGACCUUUCACUUCGAUUGAACGCCGAACCGGGACUGGACGCCUGGUGGGCCAACUUGACCGACAUUUUUCAGGCACAUUAUGGAGCGGAGCGGGUCUCUCUCGCAGUCCCGGGAGACUUGACAGACUUGGAAAACGUGCCAUGGGGCCAAAAGGCCGUCUUCAACCAGAACGUGCCUUCUACACAUCAAGAUACGCAAUCAUCAGCAGCCUCCGGUCGGAGGCCUUCAACUGUCAAUUUGGGCGCACCAUCGCAGUAUGACGACUCAUUUCAUGGCAGCAAUCCCGCGUCUACACCCGGACUUAAGAGUCCGAUGUCUGCGCGGCCACCCUUGGAAUCUCGUCAUUCGUUUGCUGGGUUUGCGCAUAGCAAGAGGGCUGCGCAUACGUCCGAAUGGGAAAAAAGCCAAGAAACACCAAAGGCCCCAACAAGAGCUGAGAGGAAGAAUGCUCGUACCCCGGGGUCACUGCACCCGACAGAGGUCCCGCCAGGUCUCAGCGGUACCCGAUUCACUACCGCUCCGCCUGAGUCCUACGAUGUAGGCAAUUCAGCUCCGUCUCAAUUGCGAAACGCUGUCUUCACUGUUCCCCGACCAUUAGAAGUGGAACCAGACCCUCUGGUGAAGCGAGCUGGAGUAGUCAAGCUAUUCGGCCGAAGCACUCCCGUGAUCCUGACUCGUGAAUACACCGCCGAUUCUAUCGACGCUCUUGGGAUGGACAAUGGGAUUCCAAGAAGUCCAAACGAGUCUAUUCAAAGGACUCCCAAUGCAGAGGGUCCUGAUGCAUCGACAUCUGCUACCCACGGUCAAAAGGCGCCAACCACUCGUCGGAUUGGCACUUUUAGGUCUGGAGACUAUGAAGAGUACGAGCAAAUACCCCAAUCACCAUGGUCACAAUCCCCGGCUCCCUCACCGGCACCUCGAACCCAUGCGGACCAGAACCCAUUUUUCACAUCGCAUACCGUGGACGAAAGCGCGUUCUCCAAGAAUCCGCCCCACCACGACUACUCUAAUUCGCGGCCAUUGGAAGCUAUCGGAGUGGAUUAUUCCAAAACUGUCGUUCACAUCCCCUUAAUUCAUGGGGCACAUUCUGAUUCCGGCUCAUUCUCAACCUUGAGGUUUCCAGUCGCUGUUGUUUCAAUACUCUCACCCAUCGUUCCGUAUCCCGUGAAUCUCCGUCAAUCGCUCGUACAUUUUAUGCCCCACCUUACGUCGUCAUUUUGUCUUGCACAGCACUACAGCCAGCUGGAAAGACAACUGGCUUCGAAAGUGGAAACACCCCGCUUUGGUCACCUUCUUGGACUGGGUGGCACCUUCUCAGAUGCAAGCAGUGAAUUGGAACUUGUGGCGGGCUUGAGUGGCCACAUGAACUACGCGACUAGCGAUCAUAGUUCAAUGUCUGCACAAGCAAGCAUCACGAGUCCCAGUGAUCGAUCGUCGAACAAGUUGAGCCCUGCUAUCUCCGCACUGGGAACCCCCGGCUUCGAUCUUGGUUAUAUGGGCCUGAAUUCUGCCACCCAGUCCCCGGCUCUGUUCAGUCGUGGUGGAGAACACAUUGACAGCUACUUUCACGUCCAGCAUAUGAGGUCAUCUCGUGAUACUGGGUCCACUCAGAAAUCUCGCCUUUCAAAAACAAAGUCAGCACUAUCAGCGUCGACGCCGACUUCGCCAGGAAGAUUACCCUCCAAGACGUCUCAUAACGAAGAUGAAAACGCUGGCCAAGAGUCGGCCUCGAAUGUAGCAUCUCCAACCCAAGACUCGCGUCCGCAGCACGCGUUUCCGCCCAAUCAACCUUCAAGGCAAGGAUCGACAAAUUCCUUCUAUACUCAGCUGCAGCGAGAAUUGCCGCGUCCAUUUUCGGACACAAUUGCUCAAUUAAUGUUGAACUCCGUACCCCUUCAUCUUUUCUUGGCAAAGCCCCAGAGUGGCGAAGUCAUCUGGACUAAUGCCAAAUUCGACGCGUAUCGCCGAGGGAAACCCCAGGAGCAGCGAUUGAGGGAUCCAUGGCAGAACAUUCAUAGCAGCGAACGAGAGCAUGUGUCCAGCCAGUGGUUGAAUGCUCUGCGUACGGGGUGCCAAUUCACGGAACGGGUUCGUGUAAGACGCUUCAACGACGAGACUGCAUACCGAUGGUUCAUCUUCCGCGCAAAUCCGCUUCUAUCAUCAACGGGCGAAGUUCUAUAUUGGAUUGGAUCCUUCCUCGACAUUCAUGAACAACAUAUCGCAGAAUUGAAAGCCGCCCAAGAAAGAGAGAAAUUCGCAACUGAUGCUAAGUAUCGCGCCUUCUCGAACUCGAUUCCACAGGUGGUGUUCGAGGCAACAGAGAACAAAGGUUUGAUCUUUGUUAAUGAGCAAUGGAAUCUCUACACUGGCCAAAGUCUCGACGAAGCAUUGAAUCUUGGCUUCGCCAAACAUGUCCAUCCAAAUGACCUUGAAAAGUGUGGGGGACUAGCCACGCAAGCUAGUCAACCACUUGCGACAGACGAGGCGGAGUCCAAAGUCAAUGGGGAGCCGGGCAAUCUACACACCGAAAGUCAUCGUGUCUCAUCUGCUCUCGACGAGCUAGUAAGACGUGGCGUUGCCUCUUUACAGAAAGACGAAAACGGCCGUGUCUUUUAUUCCACCGAGAUUAGAUUGCGAUCAAGGGGCGGCGACUACCGAUGGCACCUUGUCCGGCUUGUUCGUGUUGAAACAGGUAGUUUUGGAAAAGAAGAAGCGUCCUGGUACGGCACUUGCACUGACAUCAACGACCGCAAAAACCUGGAGCGUGAACUCAACAAAGCUAUGACUCAACUCAACAAUCAAAUGGAGUCGAAGACCAAGUUCUUCAGCAACAUGUCUCAUGAGAUCCGGACGCCCCUCAAUGGAAUCUUGGGUACCAUCCCUUUCAUUUUGGACACGCAGCUAGACACAGACCAGCGGCGCAUGCUCGAUACUAUUCAGAACACCUCUACCAACCUGCGAGAAUUGGUAGACAAUAUCCUGGAUGUCUCACGUGUCGAAGCUGGCAAAAUGUCCAUGGUCAACUCAUGGUUCCAUGUGAGGUCUAUGAUCGAAGACGUUAUCGACACUGUUGCAUCGCGGGCGAUCGACAAAGGUCUGGAGAUCAAUUACCUGAUGGAGGCCAAUGUUGCAUCCAUGGUUAUUGGCGAUCGCUUCCGCAUUCGCCAAGUGCUAAUCAACUUAGUGGGCAACGCAGUCAAGUUCACCACGCAGGGAGAGGUUUACAUUCGUUGCAAUCUUGUUCGUGAGCCAGCAGCGAAGCUCAAGAACACAGAAGCCUUCUUAAGUUUCGAUGUUGUCGACACUGGCAAAGGAUUCAGUUCCCAAGAUGCUGAACGUCUUAUGCAGCGUUUUAGUCAGCUUGGUGAGAAUGGCUCGCAACAACAUGCGGGAAGCGGACUGGGCUUGUUCUUGUCCAAGCAACUCGUCGAAAUGCACGGAGGUAAACUUAUCCCGAGCAGCAAAGAAGGCCAAGGAGCCCAAUUUUCCUUCAAUGUCAAAGUUGAUGCACCUCCGCCGCCAUCUCCAGCUGAGCGUCCAUCCCUAUUCCGCCAGGCUUCGUCUGUUUCGAGGAGGCCAGCCACAUCCAGGACGACUUCAUACGACCAGAGUAAUUUCCACCCGCCCAGAAACCAGGACCACAUCCUCAAUAUGGCAAGUUUAUCCCGCGGACUUGAGUCUCCGGGUUUCGAACUCGGCCCUUCAGGCUUGUACCCGACCUCCACUAUGUCAUCCGCGUUGCCUACACCAGACCUGCAGACACCCUCACCCCCCUUCUCUGCCACGAGUGCGCACUCUGCCAGCGAGACCCUGGAUGUGGCAUCAGGGACAUCGGGUCGUCUCCCCACGUCGCCUUCGCAGGGCUCCAUAUCUGGGUUGCACCGCCCGUCGUCUCAUGGACCCUUGUCGAUUAUGAUCCUCUGUCCGCUCGACAACACUCGCAAGGCCACGAAACAGCACAUUGAGCAGGUCGUGCCACAUGAGAUUCCGUUCAAGAUCAUCACUUUAGUGGAUAUCGACGAAUGGAAGGACGCAAUACAUUCAGACCCCGGAGCAAACUGUACUCAUCUGGUUCUCAAUCUGCCUUCGAAUGACGAUAUCUCCGAAGUCAUUCAGUACGUGUCUCAACGUGAACCGGGGCAUUCUCCCGUUAUGGUGAUCAUUUCGGACUUGUAUCAGAAGCGCCAAAUUAGCGGAAGUGUCAAAGACUUGGCUGCCACGGGUAGAAGCGUCUACAUUGUGCCCAAACCAGUGAAGCCUUCUUCCUUUUCGCCUAUCUUCGACCCAGAUAGCAAGCGUGAACUGAGCAAGGACCGCAAUCAAGAUAUGGCACGCGAAAUCAACAACAACUUCAAGACUGUAUCAAAGAUGGUGAAAGAGGUGCUUGGUAACAAGGGCUACCGGGUCCUGCUUGUCGAGGACGAUGAGACUAAUCGCGAUGUCAUGCUCAAAUACCUUGACAAGAUCAAGCUGAUGUCGGAAACCGCCUCGAACGGACAAGAAUGCACGGACAUGGUCCUCUCUAAGGAACCGGGAUACUACUCCCUUAUCAUCUGUGAUAUCCAAAUGCCCAUCAAGAAUGGCUAUGAUACUUGUCGGGAGAUUCGAGCCUGGGAACAGAAGAAUCAUUAUCCUCAAAUUCCGAUUAUGGCACUAUCAGCCAACGCGAUGACGGACCAAAUCGAAAAUGCCGCGCGAGCUGGUUUCAACGACUACGUCACCAAGCCUAUCAAGCACAACGAACUCGGCAAAAUGAUGAUGGGCCUGCUGGAUCCGGGCAGGCCUCUAUCACUGCUUCGAGAUCGUCUCAAUGGAGGGGGCGCAGAUGCCGCCCAGCCCGACCGCCGAUAG